GCAGGCAAGCAUUUGGUGUGGGGCCUGUUCUUGUGCUUCACUGAUCCCUUUAAUGGCGCAUUCAUCGUGUGCCUCAGCCUCUCAUCUUCUUCUUGAGCUUGCAGGCGCCGCUUAUUCUCUUUCUCCUCUCGCUGUGCUCCAUAUCUGCUCACUCUGAAUCGAGUUCUUCAGAGGAAAGAAGUAGGCGCCGCAAAAUGGAGAAAGCGCUCAUGAAAGUCGCGAGCUUUUCCAUUGCGAAGAAAGCUAAAGCGGAGAUCUCCUCCAUCGGCGACGAUCUCUCUCGUUUUUCAAGCACGGUGGAGGACAAGGCUAAGUGGCUCUUUGAGAAGCUGAAAGGGAAACCACCAAAAUCUCUACCAGAUCUCCUUCGUGAGUAUGGCCUCCCACAGGGCCUCUUUCCAAGGAACAUCAUAUGCUAUGAGUUUGAUGAAUCGACAUUAAAGUUGACUGUUCACCUUCCUUCCGCCUGUGAGAUCAGCUUCAAAGAUUCCUCGGUGCUACGAUAUGCCAAGCGCAUCAAGUGUACAUUGUUGAGAGGGAAGUUGUCUGGAAUUGAAGGCAUGAAGACGAAGGUGCUGGUUUGGGUCAAAGUUACCCAAGUGAGUGUGGAAAGCUACAAGUCAGACAAAAUCUGCUUCAUGGCUGGCAUGAAGAAACUGAGACCGAAGGAUGCGUACGAGAUGCCCCGUGAUUCUAUCAAGGUCGAUGAGUUUUGAGGUUGGUACCGAAUCAUGUUGCCUUUCAUGAUUCUUUCAGUUGGAAAUCAUGUUUGGAAUUGCAAAAGCUGCAAGAUCUACAUAAUUGUUUUAGCUUGGUUAAACCUUAGGUGAAUUAUGUUCUGGGUUUUUUUUGCUAAUUUAAAGCAAAUGCUGCAUCAGAAAAUGGUUCAUUUUCA